CUUUCCGCAAAACGAAAACAAAAGUGUGCUCACUCGGUUGCUGUUUCAGUUUAUUUCACAUGUGCGCAACAUUUUUCUAGAAACAAUUCAAUUUGUUUGAUCGAUACGUAAAAACCCCAUAAAAUUACAACUGCUAUUUUAUUGUCCGAAGGAAAAUGAAAAUCGAAGAAGUAAAAAGCACUGUCCGAACCCAGCGAAUUGCCGCCCACAGCCAUGUAAAAGGUCUGGGACUCGAUGAAAGUGGCGCUCCAAUUGCCAUUGCCGCCGGCUUGGUUGGCCAAAAAAAUGCUAGAGAGGCAGCUGGAAUCGUGGUGGAUUUGAUAAAAUCAAAGAAAAUGGCAGGACGAGCCCUUCUACUCGCCGGCCCACCUGGAACCGGCAAAACAGCAAUUGCCCUCGCCAUUGCACAGGAACUGGGAAAUAAAGUCCCAUUCUGUCCAAUGGUUGGCUCUGAGGUGUUCAGCAGUGAAAUUAAAAAGACCGAAGUUCUCAUGGAGAACUUCCGCAGGUCGAUUGGUUUGAGGAUCCGUGAGACAAAGGAAGUCUACGAGGGCGAAGUCAUCGAGUUAACACCGGUGGAAACAGAAAACCCCAUGGGAGGCUAUGGUAAGACGAUCAGCAAUGUGGUGAUUGGCCUAAAGACUGCAAAGGGAACAAAACAACUGAAACUCGAUCCGAGUAUCUUCGAGUCGCUUCAGAAGGAGAAAGUCGAGGUCGGCGAUGUCAUCUACAUCGAGGCCAAUAGUGGAGCUGUUAAGCGACAAGGUCGUAGUGACAGCUUUGCCACCGAAUUCGAUCUGGAAACCGAGGAGUAUGUCCCGCUGCCAAAGGGAGAAGUCCAUAAGAAGAAGGAAGUUAUUCAGGACGUGACGUUGCACGAUUUGGAUGUAGCAAAUGCCCGACCCCAGGGCGGACAGGAUGUCCUCUCAAUGAUGGGACAGCUUAUGAAGCCAAAGAAGACUGAAAUUACUGAUAAACUGAGAAUGGAAAUCAACAAAGUUGUCAACAAAUACAUCGACCAGGGAAUAGCUGAGCUGGUACCCGGCGUACUCUUCAUCGAUGAAAUCCACAUGUUGGACUUGGAGACUUUCACCUAUUUGCACAAGUCUCUGGAGUCGCCCAUAGCACCAAUUGUCAUAUUCGCCACCAAUCGCGGUCGCUGUGUCAUAAGAGGAACCACAGACAUUUCAUCACCUCACGGCAUUCCAUUGGAUCUGAUCGAUCGCCUUCUCAUCAUUCGCACUCUCCCAUACACCACAUCCGAGAUGGAACAAAUCAUUAAGCUCCGUGCCCAAACCGAAGGAUUGCAACUGGAAGACAACGCAUUCGCUCAGCUCAGUGAAAUUGGUAGUGCCUCAACUCUGAGAUAUGCCGUCCAGUUGCUUACUCCAGCUCAUCAAAUGAGCAAAGUUAAUGGGCGAUCGAUAAUCUCUAAGGAUGACAUCAAUGAUGUCCACUCGUUGUUCCUCGAUGCUAAACGCUCUUCGAAGCAUUUGUCCGAGAAGAACAACAAGUUUAUGAUGUAAUUUGUAUUUUUAUUUUGUUGCUGCAGAUUAUUCCAUAAUUUUUAUAUUUAAUUUGAUUUCAUUUCUGAUUAAUCCAUUAAACUAUUUUUCUGUUUCAAAAAUAA